AUGAUCAAGCAUGCAGGAUUUAGUCUCUACAAACUUAAACUCCUUUGCAAGAAACCAUACCACAGCUCUGAAGGCCUCAAGUUCCAUAUUACCAGUCACACGACAGAGAAACCUUGGAAAUGCUCCAUCUGUGGGAAUUCAUAUGCAGCGAGUUCUGUCCUAAAGGCGCAUAAACGAACCCACGACCCAAACCGGAAACAGCUGCUUUGCCACUUAUGCAACUAUUCAGGAGUAUACUUAUCAGAACAUAUUAAACGCAAGCAUUCCAAUUUACCAAAACCAUGCCAAUGCCACCACUGUGAUAGCAAAUUUUGGAAGAAACAUGAACUCCGACGCCACAUCAACAGCAUCCAUGUCAACCCUAAAGUGAAAAAACCUCGACCAAAUUAUCAGUGCCAAUUUUGUCAUAAGAUUCUCACAGGUGCGACUAAACUGCGCGACCAUAUUGCAAUUCAUACCGGUGAAUCGUUUUAUUCCUGUCGUCAGUGUGACGCAUCCUUCCGGAAUGACACCUCUUUGCGGGACCAUGUCGAAAAGUGGCAUCGUGGAGAGAAGCACCCCUGUCAAAGGUGCCAUUACGUCUUCUUCAGCAAGACCAAGCUUGACUACCACGUCAAAAUCCGGCAUUCCGGUGUAACCCAUAAAUGUGGCAAGUGUUCGAAAGCAUUUCGAGCCCAGAUGGAACUAACCCGCCAUCUGAAGCUGGUCCACUCUGACGUUAAAAAUUUUCCGUGUCCAAUUUGUGGACGAAUGUUCAAAAUGCGUUGUCACGUGAAGGCACACGUGCAAAAUGUUCACGAGCAGCGGACACACAGCUGUUACUUUUGUGCGAAAAAAUUUCCGAACGUUUACACGAUGAAAGAUCACCUUUUGGAUCACACGCGGGAGAUGCCGUUCAAAUGUGUCACGUGUGGGACAAAGUUUAAGACAGGGUCGAGCCUUAAAGGGCACAUGGGGCGGGUGAACGUGGACGGUUUAGGCCGAAAGUGCCCGGAGUGUGACGCAGUAUUAAAAAAUGAUGAGAGCCUGCAAAAACAUGUCAAGUUUGUGCAUCACAUAAACUUGACGACGAAGCAAUUAAGGAAUAUUUCGAAGGCAACGUACGGUGAUUAAAAUCAAGGAUGGUAUUUUUGGCAGGAAACAAUAAAUAACGGCCAGUUUUUCAUGUCGGCUACUUUAUUUAGAGACAAAGGCUUAAUCUCCACGUGGGAAAGUCAGUAAAAAAUUGUAGUACUCCAACAUAGAUAUUUUGCAAGUUCACAUAUUCUCUCAAUUUACUUAGUUGCAUAGCCGAAUGGAAUCGCCACGUGGUAAAGGGAACGAUCGCCCAUUUCCAUGCUCCAAGUGCACGGCCUCGUUUAAAAUCAGGG